UGAGAGUGAAAUCACAUUACGUUGACAUGGUCUUCAGUUACAGUGACCUGGCCCAUUUCUGGACAGUCUUGGUCAGCCUAAGUUUGUUUCCAUACCUAGUUUUCACUUCAAGUAACGAUGAUUGCCAGUUACUGCAAAGUACAGUUCCCAUCGCUCGUGUCACUACAGCCCUAAACCUGGGCUACCCAGUGCCUGUUGUCUGCAGCGGCGACGUCAUGCUGAACAAAUGUGAAGGAACUUGCGAGAGUAGCGUAUCGCCUAGCGUCACCACUCACCCAGGAUUUAAAAAGAACUGUCGCUGCUGUAAAGAGACAUCCACCACCACAAAAGAGGUCUACCUGCCAAUCUGUGUCCAUAAUGGGAAAAUUUACCCCGACUACCAGCACAAAAUAUGGGUCAAGGAAAUCACCGGAUGUCAGUGCCAGGCUUGCACUGGAUAAAUGGGUCAGAGACAAUACUAUGGAACUGACUGACGGACACUGGGAAAAGAGGGAUGUUCUUACAGCCAUUUACCUAACUUGAUAGAGAAACUAUUUUCUUACAUAUUUGCUUCAUUCACUUAUUUGCUUUCCAAACGAAUAUAAAUCAAGGGUUACUUGUUGACAUGGAGUGUUACUUCCGUAGCACUAGAAACGUUAACACUGCCGACACCAAGACAUUUGUCUAAUGUUGAAUGUCAUUAUUUUAGGUCAAUAAGAAGCAUGUAGGCUACAAUGGUUAGAGAUAGACGAUGACCCUGAUUAUUCUUAAAGAACUGUACAUCUAGGUCAUUCCUUAGCAUUUACAAUUUAAUUCUCAAUCUAUUUUUAGAUUUAACGUCAAAGCUAGACAGUUCAUGUUGACCUAAGUAUUAUGUAUUGUAACCUUGACAUUUCUUACAUUCUUACUAGAGAAAUAAACCAUUCAGUGGUCAUACGAUCCAGAAACAUCAGUAUUAAGAAGUUUGUUAAGAUCCAGAGCUAAACUGUCAUGUCAUUAUGUGCUUUGUUCCUUAAUACUAACAUGAUAACAUCAUGAUGUAUGGAUGACAUAUAUAAGUAACGUUAUUAUUUGUAGUAGUUUUGCAAACAGAACCAAAAUUUGAAUUUGUUUCCUUAAUCUAUAUUUUCAUGCAAAGAACUAAAUAAAAAAUAAAACUAAACAGAAUUACAAUUUAGCAGGCAGUUUCAUUUUGAUUUUUGUUCUUGUUGAAAGUUUAGCUUUGUGUAUUGAUGUAUAUUAUACUGGUAGUGCAGAUGUUGUAUUAUAGAUUAUAUUUCUUUGUUCCUAGACAUGUAGAGACUAUUUAUUUUUGUUUUAUUAAUCGUAGAUUUUUUUUCAAUAAUUUCAGAUCAUAUUUUUUCAUUCCUUACGUAAAAAUGUAUUCCUGAGCUGUCCAUCUUGUUCUCAGCGCUCCAUAGAUGCGAUUCUCAUGUUCAUUUUGUUAUUACAAAGCUUACAUCAACUCACUUGUCUGGUAAAAAAUGUGUACAUGUUAUUUCUCCCACACCCAUUCUCAGAUCAAGCUGAAAUUUUGCACAUUUAUUUCUUUUACCUGACAAAACAAGAAUCUAUAUAAAAAAAGACAAUUAGUUAAUUAACUAUUGGUAGUAAUAUUUUUUUUGUAUCGAACAAGUGAAAGAAACUGCACUGAAGUCGUGGUUUAAGUUGAAUUAGUCCCCUUGAUACUUUGUUUUUAAGUUUUGAACUACCAAUAGAAAUAAUAAAACCUUCUAUUUUCAUAAGCACCUCUCUGGUACAGUAAUUUCUGUGUUGGCUUAAAAAAAGCUUAAUUAAGCUAUAGUCCACGUCCUUCAACGUAAAUAAUUCAUAAAUGCUUGCAAAAAACGAUGCCAGUAAUAUUUACACAGAAACACCCUUCUGUCUUCCCCAUCAUAGCCAUUUGAAAAAAUAAAAGCAUGAAAUUGCUCUAAACA